AUGGUGGACGGGUGUCUGCCCACCUACCCCGAAAUACCCCAGAAACACAAAACGCUCGAGUUCUACAAUCAAUACAUCUACACCAUGGAAGGCACAACACCAAUACAUUCUGCAGCACAAAACGGUAGCAUCUCCGAAGUCAGUGCGCUCCUAACCGAGGACCCCCUGAGAAUAAACUCUGUGGAUUCUGAUGGCAGGACCCCAUUACAUUGGGCAUGUACAAUGAAUAACUUUCCAAUGAUCCAAAUGAUGCUUCCUUUCGUAAAGAAAGACUUGGAUGACAUGGUAGACGAAAGCGGAUGGACUCCAGUGCACAUUGUAUGUGCAGUCGGCAACAAUGAAGCACUUGGAUUGUUCAUGGCGAAAGAGCCAAUUCCAGACAUAAACUUGGCCACGGGCCAGGGCACAACAGCUUUGCAUUUGGCGGUUAGCAAAGGACAUGUGGAGGUGGUAAAGCUGAUUCUUGAAAGCUACAAGGGAAAAGUAAAUGUACGGGAUAAACGCGGCCUAUCCGCUCUUCAUCGAGCUGCAGCAGCAGGUAACAAUGCGUUGGUGCGCUUGUUGGUGGCGAAGAAGGCGGCUAUCAAUGCUACUGAUAAAGAGGGCUGGACUCCAUUACACCAUGCAUGGGCGGAAGGGCAUGAUGGCACAGGAAUGAUUCUCUUGGAGUUGGGUGCAGAUGAUCGGGUGGAGGAUCUUGAGGGUCAGACCGCUGGAAUGGUCGCAAUUGAUGAGGAGAUCCGGAAGAAGUAUCUGGGAAGGAAGUGA